CCGGCCUGCGACAUCACCAGGGGGACUCGUAGCCUAUUAAAAAAUAAGAACAAAAAUCCGUAGUGAAAGUAUCCUAGAGCCAGUUUGCUUUUCUUUAUUUACUAGAGCAGGUCUACCGCUUUGAAAAUGCAUUUAUCAAAUUCGCUUGUAUGUUUUACAAAGUAGAUAUAAAGACGUUUGCAAAGGGCACACUGUGGAAUUUAUUUCUAAAACGAUGUUCUUUCUUUCUACGCACACAAAGUUUCGUCGAAUUUAACCGACAGAAGAAUCAGGAAAAAGGAUUUGUCCUUUUUUCCGGUUUGUUUCUUUUUGCAGUGAGACUAGGAAAUAAGGAGAAUAUACCACAAAAACUGGAACACAAACAUACGCGUUUGUGCGAGAGAGAAGGGGUUAAAAAGAACAUUUGGAGUUUCACUAUGGAAGAAAAUGAUCACAGCAACAUAGAUGUGGAGCGCCAGGACUCGGGCGAUGAGUCCAAUAGAGAUAUUUUACCCCUGUUGCAGGGUCCUGGAAACCUACUCCCUCACAGAAUCACCAACUUUUACAUCGACAACAUUUUGCGACCGGACUUUGGUCGCAGGAAAGAAGGAACAAGGCGUGACGAAAAUCAUAUAGUUGGAAGAGAGAAGCGCUGUCCAUCGGUUCCCGGAUCAGGGCAGGUGUCAGGGGAAGGACCCUCGAGCCCUCCUCCAGGGAGAGCGUCUAAAAACACUGAUAUUACCGCAGACACAACUCUGAAACCCCGUGCAGAGACCGGAGAUCAGUGUUUCAGCUCAGACUCGGAUAGCUCGCAAAGUAACACCGCGCAGACGAACCAGCCGAUACUUUGGCCGGCUUGGGUUUAUUGCACAAGAUAUUCAGACAGACCUUCAUCAGGACCAAGAUCCCGCAAACCAAAGACGACAAAUCCAGCCAAGGAAGACAAGCGUCCGAGAACAGCCUUCACAGCGGAGCAACUCCAGAGACUCAAGAACGAGUUCCAGAAUAACCGUUACCUGACGGAGGAGAGGAGACAAGCUCUGGCCCAGGAACUCGGCCUCAACGAGUCCCAAAUCAAAAUCUGGUUUCAAAACAAAAGGGCGAAGAUUAAAAAAUCGUCGGGGAGCAAAAACUCACUUGCAUUGCACCUAAUGGCACAGGGACUAUACAAUCACGCCACAACAACAAAGGACGACAAAUCAGACAGUGAUUAACCUGAAGGACAGGACAUCUGAAAUGCAAUAAUUCUAAACAAGGGCCAGUGUACAAAAUACCAGCAUUUAACAGAUGAAAACUUUAUGUAUGAGAUUUGAUUCUGCAAUAUUAUGUAUAUAUAGCCUAUAUACUUUGUGUACAGUGGUGUAAAACGUUUUCUAUUGGUAUCACUGCUGCACACAUACUGAAACGUCAGAUAUAGUGCGCGAGGAAAAGGACGCUUCUUUAUUUAAACAAGUUUAAACCAUGCUGAAGUCCAAAGAUUUUUCCUGCUGCAUUCAGGCGACUGUGAUUUAAAAUAAAUAAAUGGUAAAAAUGUUUUAUCUGA